AUGACGAAACGAUUGCGUAGCUCGGACAACACCGCUUUACCUGUUAUUUCGAAUCGUAGCCCGGAGUACCAGUCAGAAGGUGACGGACCGGGCGUCCACUCCGCUCAGCAAUGGCCCGUGAGCAAGGAUGCCAUGAGCGCUGCUCGUACCUUCCUCCAGGAAUGUGCAUCAGCGCGUCAGCCUACCCUUCUUCUUCCCGACAAGGACGCCGACGGCCUAUGCAGCGGCCUGAUCUUAUAUCACACGCUUUGUGCGCUUGGCCUUCCACCCCAGCUCCUUACCGUACACUUUGUGGCCAAAGGGUCGAAUGUGCAUGCGCCCGACGAGCGUGCUCAGCUCGCUAGCUAUCAGGCGAGAUACCUCGUCCUCGUCGACCAGGGUAGCCGUCCAGGCCCUCCAAUUGUGGACAGCGAAGAGGCGAAGGUGCUUAUUGUAGAUCAUCACGCGAGCGACAGCUUUCCAGCAAAUGCCCAAGUCCUCUCAGCCGCGGGCUGUGAACCUGUAGCAACAUCGUCGACACUUGCAUACCUCCUGUGUCGCCCACUAGUGGCCAGCGCGGACUCCGCUUCAUCUGAGCUCAAGGAACGGCUUGAAUAUCUAUGUGUGAUGGGCACAAUGGGCGACCUGGGUGCAGGAUUCAAGUGGGAGGCGCCUUUCCCUGAUAUGCGAGUUUGCAUGAAGCGCUGGACGAAGAAAGCGCUUGCAGAAGCUGUAAGCCUCCUGAACGCUCCGCGCAGGACAGCUCGAUACGACGUGAUUGCGGCAUGGGACGCCCUCAUGCACGCCUCUUCUCCGCGCGAACUCGUGUCAUCGUCGGCGCCACUUAUCAAACGGCUCCAUGCCGCCCGCGACGAGGUCCGCAGGGAGGUAGAGCGGUGCACGCACACUGCGCCUAUGUUCUCAGGUGAUGGUCGCGUCGCUCUCAUUCGCAUCAGCAGCACAGCACAAGUGCAUCCGCUCAUCGCGACACGCUGGGCCGCAACCCUGAAGUCUGCACGUCUCGAGAUGGUGAUGUGUGCGAAUGACGGGUACCUACCGGGAGAGGCAAAGACGAACUUCGCGUGCCGCAUCGCGCGAUGUGCGCUCACACGCGGGCAGACCGAUGAUGCAAGGGAAAUCGACGUGAUGGAGAUGUUGAAGCAGUACGCCAGCCAUGUUCUCGGCUUGCAAAGUGCAAUGGGCGAAGAUUUUGCACGAGGGCAUCGGCAGGCGAGUGGAGGGAUUGUGAUGACAGCGCAUUUCGAGCGGCUGUGGAACGCGAUGAAAGAGACGGAGCCAGAGAUAAGGGAAGCAGGCCCUUCUCAGAAGAAGCGGAAGGCGUGGCCGAGUCAGGGAAAUACGCUCGAAAGUUGGCUGAGGAAAACAUAG